CGUCACAGAUGAGGAGGAGGGUCACAGAGAAAAAUGAGCUCUCCUCAGCUCCAGGCGUGCAGAGGGACGGGCUGCCGGGGCCCAGGUGCUUCUUGGUGGGACAAAGCUCUGCUCUCUGGGGGCCGUGAUGGAGGAGACCACUGGAGUCCUGAAGGAGGGCUUCCUUGUCAAGCGGGGACAUAUUGUUCAUAACUGGAAAGUAAGAUGGUUCGUUCUGCUGCAGGAUAAGCUGCUGUAUUAUAAACUUGAAGGAGGCAAGAAGGAGUCUUCUCCAAAGGGCAGGAUCCUUUUGGAUGGCUGCACUAUUACUUGUCCGUGUCUGGAAUAUGAGAACAGACCGUUGCUCAUCAAACUAAAGACAAAAACCAACACAGACUACUUCCUUGAAUGUUGCUCUAGAGAAGAGCGAGACUCUUGGGCUUUGGACAUCACAGGAGCUAUUCAUGCUGGUCACCCAGUGCAGGUGCAAGAGCUUCACAGAAUGAAGAACUCUUUCAAACUGCUAGAGAACAUCAGCCUCCACCACAUAGUGGAUAAAAUGCGUGACAGCAGUACUGGAAUUAAGCUGACCCUCAAUGUGGAGCAAGGCAAUAGAUACAAAGAGACCUUCACAGGUUCCGCUCUGGUGGACUGGCUCAUCUCCAACAGCUUUGCCGUGUCACGGUUUGAGGCCGUCACCCUGGCCUCCAUGCUGAUGGAGGAGAACUUCACCAAGCCCGUGGGGGCCCGCAGCACCGGGGCCACUCGCUACAGUGACCUCUCUGAGCAGUUCCUUGACGACUCCACCGCACUGUACAUGUUUGCUGAGACCAGCAAGAAAAUGCUCAGUUCCAAGGAAGAGCUACAAUUUAACAUCUCCGAAUUAAGUGGCACAAUUGUGAAGCAAGGAUACUUAGUGAAACAGGGACACAAGAGGAAAAACUGGAAGGUGAGGAAAUUUGUUCUAAGAGCUGAUCCUGCUUUCUUGCACUACUAUGACCCCACUAAGGAAGAAAACAGACCAGUAGGUGGGUUUUCUCUUCGUGGCUGUCUUGUCUCAGCUCUGGAGGACAAUGGAGUCCCAGCAGGUGUGAAGGGCAAUGUGCAAGGCAACCUCUUCAAAAUCAUCACCAAAAAAGACAUUCAUUAUUAUAUCCAGGCCAGCUCCAAGGGGGAGCGAACACAAUGGAUUGAGGCGAUCAAACCACUGACAUGAACAUUCUAUUUUUGUGAUGUGUACUGUCGUAGCACCUACCAAUUCCUGGCAGAUCAGGAUCCUAGGUGGUGAGGAGUCACGCAGAUCUGGAAGAAUUUAACAUCUAACCAAGAGACAAAGAAAGACACGUGGAUACAAAUAAAUGACUCUUUACAAGGGAACAAUAGGACAGACUAUUUCAAGAUGGAAGAAAAAAAAUCUUUUGUACAAGUAUUCAGCCUA